AUGCGGAGAGAGACAUUGAGGAAGAAGCCAAAAUUCACAGCGUACGUCUUGGACUGCUGUACUGUUUCUCGUCUUCGUCGCUAUCGUUGGGGUCGUUUUCUGCUUCUGCUUGACGCGCUGCUGGGUUCUCUUGUUAACGUUGAAAUAAACGUUGUUGGGUUCCUUUUGAGAAUAGAAAAGUGGACGGGUCGGGUCAGGGAAAUGGGCUGGACUGGGAAAUUUGGUUGGUUGGUGGACCUAGCUGGAAAUGUGAUGGAAAUAGCUAGUAAAAGAAAGAACUUUGCAUUUUUUGUUUUCUUAAAAACUGAAAAAUUACAUAACUUGUGGCAAUUUGUCCAUUUUCAUACUGAGAGAUAUUUCUAUUUUUUUGGAUAUAUGGCUUAUGCUGCUGUUACUUCCCUUAUGAGAACCAUACAUCAAUCAAUGGAACUUACUGGAUGUGAUUUGCAACCGUUUUAUGAAAAGCUCAAAUCUUUGAGAGCUAUUCUGGAGAAAUCCUGCAAUAUAAUGGGCGAUCAUGAGGAGUUAACAAUCUUGGAAGUUGAAAUCGCAGAGGUAGCAUACACAACAGAAGAUAUGGUUGACUCUGAAUCAAGAAAUGUUUUUUUAGCACAGAAUUUGGAGGAAAGAAGCAGGGCUAUGUGGGAGAUUUUUUUCGUCUUGGAACAAGCACUAGAAUGCAUUGAUUCCACCGUGAAACAGUGGAUGGCAACAUCGGACAGCAUGAAAGAUCAAAAACCACAAACUAGCUCACUUGUCAGUUUACCUGAACAUGCUUUUGAGCAGCCCNAUCUCUGA